AGUCACUUGAAACACGAGAAUAUCGUGCCAUUUAUAGGAGUCAUAGACAAAGACUAUAGGCUGUGGCUUGUUUCGGAAUGCAUGUACAGUAGUAAUGUGAAAACGUACAUAGAGUAUACGGGCAGGGAGAACUGGGAUCUUCGGCAUCUGGUAACUGCAAAAGGUCUUUGCUACCUGCAUACUUUCGAUCCGCCUAUCGUUCAUGGCGAUCUCAAGGGAUGUAAUGUCAUGGUCGACAGACGAGAGAAUGCUCGUCUGACCGACUUCGGAAUCUCGAGAUCUGAUGAUACACGUCAAGGGUUGGAUUCUACUAAUGUCGACCGCCGAGAAACGCUUAAUUGGAUUGCCCCAGAGCUUAUUUUCUUUGGAAAUUCGGAAACUAUGCGCAUGGAAGCCGACAUAUGUAUAUGCAUUUGCUUGUGUGCUAUAUAA